AUGGCGGAGCCGAGCGGGGCCGAGGCGAGGCCCCCCAUUCGGGUCACCGUCAAGACCCCCAAGGACAAGGAGGAGAUUGUGAUCAGCGAUCGCGCCUCGGUCAAGGAGUUCAAAGAGGAGAUCUCCCGGAGGUUUAAGGCUCAGCAGGAUCAGCUGGUCCUGAUCUUCGCCGGCAAGAUCCUCAAGGACGGGGACACUCUGAGCCAGCACGGGAUCAAGGACGGGCUCACCGUCCACCUGGUCAUCAAGACCCCGCAGAAGGCCCAAGACCCAGUUGCUGCCACUGCUUCUUCCCCCUCCACUCCGGAACCUGCCUCAGCACCCUCCACCACGCCUGCUUCACCUGCCACCCCGGCCCAGCCCUCCACCUCUGGCGGUGCCCCUUCGGACGCUGGCAGUGGGAGCCGGAGGAGCAGUGCGGGGGGUCCCUCCCCAGGGGCUGGGGAGGGCCCUCCCAAUGCUACCACGUCCAUACUCUCUGGCUUUGGGGGCAUCCUCGGCCUGGGCAGCCUGGGCCUGGGCUCCGCCAACUUCAUGGAGCUGCAGCAACAGAUGCAGAGGCAGCUGAUGUCCAAUCCCGAGAUGCUGUCGCAGAUCAUGGAGAACCCGCUGGUCCAGGACAUGAUGUCGAACCCGGACCUGAUGCGCCACAUGAUCAUGGCCAACCCGCAGAUGCAGCAGCUGAUGGAGCGGAACCCCGAGAUCAGCCACAUGCUCAACAACCCCGAGCUCAUGAGGCAGACGAUGGAGCUCGCUCGAAACCCAGCCAUGAUGCAGGAGAUGAUGAGGAACCAGGACCGGGCCCUCAGCAACCUGGAGAGCAUCCCCGGAGGGUAUAACGCCCUCCGCCGCAUGUACACUGACAUCCAGGAGCCCAUGUUCAGUGCUGCCCGGGAGCAGUUUGGCAACAAUCCCUUCUCUUCCCUGGCCGGGAACUCCGACAGCUCAUCCUCCCAGCCUCUGCGGACUGAGAAUCGAGAGCCCCUCCCUAACCCCUGGAGCCCCUCGCCCCCCACCUCCCAGGCCCCCGGGUCCGGUGGGGAGGGCACCGGAGGAUCGGGGACCAGCCAGGUGCACCCGACAGUCUCGAACCCCUUUGGGAUCAAUGCGGCUAGCCUGGGGUCAGGGAUGUUCAACAGCCCGGAGAUGCAGGCGCUGCUCCAGCAGGUCUCCGAGAACCCGCAGCUGAUGCAGACCGUCAUCUCCGCCCCCUACAUGCGCAGCAUGGUGCAGGCGCUCGCCCAGAACCCCGACUUCGCAGCUCAGAUGAUGGUGAACGUGCCGCUCUUCGCGGGGAACCCCCAGCUCCAGGAGCAGCUCCGCCUGCAGCUCCCCGUCUUCCUGCAGCAGAUGCAGAACCCGGAGUCGCUCUCCAUCCUUACCAAUCCCCGCGCCAUGCAGGCGCUGCUGCAGAUCCAGCAGGGAUUGCAGACUCUGCAGACUGAGGCCCCCGGGCUGAUACCCAGCCUUGGCUCCUUCGGGAUGUCCCGGACCCUGGCACCCUCAGCAAGCAGCAACACCGGGCCUGCACCCGAGGCCCCCACCUCCUCUCCAGCCCCCCCAGCCACGUCUCCCACAGGGGCUUCCAGUGCUCAGCAGCAGCUCAUGCAGCAGAUGAUCCAGCUUUUGGCAGGAAGUGGAAACUCACAGAUGAGGCUGCUGGCAUUUGUGGUGUUGGCUCUACUUGCUGUCACACAAGCAGAGGAAGGAGCCAGGCUUCUGGCCUCCAAAUCACUGCUGAACAGAUAUGCUGUGGAGGGGAGGGACCUGACCUUACAGUACAACAUCUACAACGUUGGCUCAAGUGCUGCCUUGGAUGUGGAGUUAUCCGAUGAUUCCUUCCCUCCCGAAGACUUUGGCAUUGUCUCUGGGAUGCUCAACGUCAAAUGGGACCGGAUUGCCCCUGCUAGCAACGUCUCCCACACUGUGGUCCUGCGCCCUCUCAAGGCUGGCUACUUCAACUUCACCUCAGCAACCGUGACUUACCUGGCCCAGGAGGACGGGCCCGUUGUGGUCGGCUUCACCAGCGCGCCCGGACAGGGAGGCAUCCUGGCCCAGCGGGAGUUUGACCGGAGAUUCUCCCCUCACUUUCUGGACUGGGCAGCCUUCGGGGUCAUGACGCUCCCCUCCAUCGGGAUCCCCCUGCUGCUGUGGUACUCCAGCAAGAGAAAAUACGACACCCCCAAACCCAAGAAGAACUGA